AUGAACUAUUAUCCACAAUGCCCACAACCAGAGCAUGUCAUUGGCCUUGACUCUCACACUGAUGCUGUUGGCCUCACCAUCCUCCUCCAAGUCAGUGAGGUGGAAGGGUUACAGAUAAGGAAAUCUGGGGAGUGGAUUCCUGUUAAACCACUACCAGAUUCGUUUGUGAUUGUGACUAACGGGAUUUACCGCAGCACUGAGCAUCGAGCAAGUGUUAACUUGAUGAAAGACCGACUUUCUAUGGCCACCUUUUACAGCCCCAAUCUAGACAGUGAAAUGGGUCCUGCACCAAGCCUUGUUACUCCAGAGACUCCAGCGCAAUAUAGGAGAAUAAGGGUUGCGGAAUUCUUCAAGGGAUAUUUUUCACGUGAACUCGCUGGAAAAUCAUAUAUUGAUGUCAUGAAGAUUCAAAAUGGAGGCGGAGAAGACAAUUGA